AUGUCUGCCGAGUCACGACCGAUUGACCCUGCAGCCUUUGCGGAGGCGCUCAAGGAUCUGCCGCUUUCAUCUGUGUUUGCUAAGGUCGCAGAGCUGGAGAACUCGACCGCGCAUCUCGAACGCUCCAACGUCGAGCUCAGGACGUUCGUACGGGAAUCAGAGGGCGGAGACCGAGAAUGCGAAGAUGCCAUCACUGAAAAUGAAGAGGUGAUCGGACGGAUGCGCGAGAGAGUUGGUCUCGUCAAGCGUGAGCUGGAGAGAAGAGGAGAAAAAUGGACAGAUGCGAACAACGAUGAUGACCGGGGAGAGCCAGUUGAGCCAGUUGAGCCAGUUGAGCCAGUUGAACCAGUUGAACCAGUUGAGCCGGCCAGCGAGGGCCAGGGCAACGGCGUGUCCAACGGCGUGUCCAACAGCCUGUCGGGGGGCUCGCGCAGUGUCGAGGACGCAUCUGAAGGCGUACAUCUCUAA